CUUUCGGGGAGGUCACGUGACCUCUCCUCCUCUUCCUCCUCCUCCUCCUCCCCUCCCUCCCCCGGCCAUCCCUGCCUUCUCCUCCAGCUGCGGAGGCGUCCGAGCAGCUGGGCUGGAGGUCUUCCAGCGCCUGCCGCAUCGGCUCCAGGAGGGGACAAGCCAAGGGAAGCUGGCAGCCCGGCAGUGAGAUCUGCCUUGCAGGGAAGGAGACCCGUCCUUGGCUGCUGCUGCUGCGGCGGCGGAUGAGGAGCCCGCCUUCUCUUCCUGAAGCUCCGCCGGCGACGUCCUUGGAGGCAGCAUGUGGCGGGGGCAGGCACAGUUUGAGGAGACCAGGCAACAGCUCUCAAAGCAGCCAGUAGUGGGACAAUGGAAGCCUCUUGCUCCAGUAAAUAGAGGGCAGGACCGGCAGCACCCAAUGGACCCUUCCAUUAAAGACCUGGGCAGUGGAGAUGAGAACCAGACUGUGGCUCAGCUGAACGUCUCACGCUUGCGCAGCUCUUCGGUGGAGAUCCGUGAGAAAGGGUCUGAAUUCCUGAAAGAAGAGCUCCAUAGGGCUCAGAAGGAGCUGAAGUUGAAGGAUGAAGAAUGUGAGAGGCUUUCAAAAGUCAGAGAGCAAUUGGAGCAGGAGCUGGAGGAAUUGACAGCAAGUUUGUUUGAGGAAGCUCAUAAGAUGGUGCGGGAAGCAAACACCAAACAGGCUGCGUCAGAAAAACAGCUGAGGGAAGCCCGAGGGAAGAUUGACAUGUUGCAGGCAGAGGUGACUGCCUUGAAGACCCUGGUGAUCACCUCGACUCCUUCCUCUCCCAAUCGGGAGCUGCAUCCACAACUCCAAAGCCCCUCCAAGGUAGUCUUCAGGAAAGGGCACGGGCGGAACAAGAGCACCAGCAGCACUGGCAUCAUCCCGGCGGCAACCCAGACCAUGUCUGUGGAGCCUGCCAGCAGUGAGUUCAAAGAGUCUGGGGUCCCCACUCUCCUCUCUCUGCUUCUCUGUAUCGUUCCUGCGAAGGCUCUCCACAUCACCUAUGAGCCAAGCUGGCAGUCCCUGGCAGCAGACUCUUCUUUCUCUUCCUUUUCACAGCAGGUGGAUUCUAUUCUGUUUGCAGAAUUCCAGGCUUGGAAAGAGUCUCCUACAUGGGACAAAGCAUGUUCUUUCCUCGAAAGGAUUUAUCAAGAAGACGUAGGGCCAUGUCUGGAUUUCACCAAGCAUGAGCUCUCAGAGCUGGUUCAAGCAGCCGUGGAGCAGAACACACUUACCAUUGAGCCUGUGGCGACCCAGGCUCUGCCUGUGGUGAAGGUGUCAGCCAUUGAAUGCGGUGGACCAAAUGGGUUCCGGUCCCCAGUUGUAACGAAGUGUGCUCUGAGCGGUCUGUCUAGAGCUUGCAAGCAUCGCAUCAAACUGGGAGAUUCUGGGAAUUAUUACUACAUUUCACCUUCCUGCAGGGCCAGGAUUACAGCGGUAUGCAACUUCUUCACUUAUAUUCGCUACAUCCAGCAGGGACUGGUAAGACAGGAUGUGGAACUGAUGUACUGGGAAAUCAUGCGGCUCAGGAAGGAAAUGUCCAUGGCCAAGCUGGGUUUCUAUCCCAGUGAAAUGUAGUUGGGAACUUGAAUUCUUGGAUGGAUUGUUUGUCCUGCAGCAACCCUGCUAGGCAGACAGAGGACUUGACGCGGCAGGACUACUGCUACUAUUGAAAGCUAUGUGGUAUAAACUCAACAGAUGUCAAGCACAGGAUUUCCCCAUCCAGUGAUUUGCUGCGCUUCCUGGAAAUGCCUAUCACAGGGCGGACUUGCCAGGGGGCCACCCGUUUGCUGGUACAACUGAGUGGUACCCCCUCUUGGACUCUCCUUCCUUUUUCUCUAUGCAUUCCACAGCCAAUAUAGAUUUAGUGUGUGUGCGGGUGUGUGUUGUGUGUAGACUUAAAUGACCUGCUUCUGCAGGUCCUGAGACCUCGGCUGGGCCUUGGUCUUUUUAUCUGCUUUCAAAUGUGAUAUCUUUGGGCAUUCCCACACAGCAGAGAGAAAAAGAGACUGAGAAUGUGUGUCUUUGAACUCAGAAUGCCAGCUGUUAUCUCCAGCUGUGCCCAUGGAAAGGGAGGGAGAACAGUGACUCUCUAAAGGUCAUCACCACACAAUGGUUUUGCUUGACAGCGCCAAAACAUUUUUGCAUGCUUCCAUCUUUUCUGAGGCAUCUCUCCUUCUUGGGAGCCCUGAAAGAGGCUGAAUGAUAAAGAAUGUCUUUAAUUCUGUUUAAAGCUCAGGGUUUGCUUUUUGGGUUGUGGAACCGAAGUUGAAACUCAUCCGGCAAAGAGAGGCAUCAAUUCCAGGCCAAAUACCCUGACUGGGGCCUCCGUUGUGAUGCAAAAAUGGGGAAGUUACAUAACAGAGAGCAGCCGGCAAACUUGCCAAGGUCAGCUGCCUGAAACUACAGAUGUUGGAUGGUGGGUUUUUUUUUCCACAUUAAAGCACAGAAAGUUGGCUGCCCCCUUAGUUCUCUUGGGAGCUGUUCUCCUCAGCUGACAUUUUCCUCUAGGCAGAUUGCUUGACUUUUCUCUGCUGCUCUGGAAGUUGGAAUUGUGCUUCCAUUGUGUUCCAGUAUUAUCUGGUCUAUGACAUUUGAGACAUACUCUAGCUAAUUCUGGUUAGGUACUCGGCCAGAGCUUUAAGAAAAACAUGCCAUUUUCAAUGAAAAUCUUCAUGUUAACUGAGGGAUUCUGGUAGUUGUAGUGCAAAUAGUACAUUUUUUCCAAGCUUUGGGUGUGCCUAAGGACGCUGCAGACUUGUUGCCUCCAGCAUUUCCUCCUCCUCCAUUCACAUUCUAGGAGGAUGAGGACAUGCAGCCCUCCAGAUGUUACUUGACCAAACACACCCGAAUCUUGCGUCAGAGCUCAGGAUGUCUUCAGUGGGUUUUUUUGGCAAGAUUUGGAAGACUAAUGGGAAUACUUCCUUUCUUUUUCUUUUAAGUGGAGGUUAUUCAGAUUUUAUUGGUUAGAUCAGUGGUUCUCAACCUGUGGGUCCCCAGGUGUUUUGGCCUAGAACUUUCAGAAAUCCCAGCCAGUUUACCAGCUGUUGGGAUUUCUGGGAGUUGAAGGUCAAAACAUCUGGGGACCCACAGGUUGGGAACCACUAGGUUAGAUUAAAGUUUCUUUCUCAAAAUUGUGGGACAGGGGAGAACAUAAGGUAUACUUAGACAUGGUUUUCAAUUUGCAGACCAUGGAACUGGAAGAAUGGUUGGAUUCUGACACCAAGGAAAAAUCUGUUAAAAUUUCAUUAUGGACGUUUUCAAAGCAGAGAGAGAAUGGAUUUUCUCUUCUGGAGACCCUUAUUGGCUUCUGCAACGAGAGUGGUCAGGGUGGCUUUUUAAGGUAGACACACCCUUUGCCCUUCUCUCGCGUUCUCAUCUAUAUGGAGAGCUGGUUGGUGACUAUAGUGAGUAUUGUGCACAUGCUUCAAAGCAUACACUAAUUCGUAUUCCAUAGGUGAGCUCUGCUUGUGAGAAUGGGGCUUUGAAUGUAAACCGUGCAGCAAUGGUACCACCAUCCAUGGUAAAAACAUCCCAUAUUGAAGGAAUAACUCAUACAGCUUGGGCUGUAUGACUUCCUAGGCCCCUUCCACACAGAUGUAUAAAAUCCACAUUGAACUGGAUUAUAUGGUGAUGGGGACUCAGAUAACUCACUUCAAAGCAGAUAUUGUGGAUUAUCUGCCUUGAUAUUCUGGGUUACAUGGCUGUGUGGAAGGGCCCCUAGUUCCAUCAAACCCAAAACAAACCCCAGAACAGCUUGCAGAAAAGAUUUUUGGACACCUUUUUGGUUGCCAGGCUGGCUGGCUGCCCUGCAUGAUAUGCCUAGUUCUGUGUGUAGCCUCUUGACUUCUGCCUUCCCAGUUCCUCUCCCUGGAGGAGUGGCAUCCUAUGAGCUUUCAUAGAAAAGACUCUCCUGCCUUUGGUACUGCAGUGAGGGCCCGUGCAAUGGAGAGCACUAUAGGGCUUUAUUGAAGUCAGUGACUCUUUUUGGCAAUAUCUCCUUUAGUAUUACAGAUAAAUGACUGUUUCUUUGGACCCUGGCUAGUAGAGUAGAAUUUGUGAGCUUCUUGCUGCUUUGCUGCUGCUUAUUGCCCCAGCUCUUGUCCCAGGGCUCUCCGUCAUCUUCAUCCCUUGUAGUAGCACUUGCAUGCGAAGGAUUUUAGUCAAUGUAAAUAUAUAUAUGUGCAAAACCAAAAGAACUUCUCCCUGCAGAUAUAUCUGGGAGAAGAUACUAUUGGAAUAAUACUUACAGGAGAACAGUGUGCAACUAUGCUUGCCUCUUCCUACUUUAAAUGAAGCUUUCUUUCUGAAUUCUAGGCCCUUUCAACUCUCUCUGCUUGGUUUCUUUUUUUAAAAAAAUUACCAUAUAUACUCGAGUAUAAGCCGAUCCAAAUAUAAUCCUAGACACCUAAUUUUACCGCAGAAUAAGGUGAGGGUGGGAAAUGCAGCAGCUACCGGUAAAUUUCAAAAAUAAAACUAGAUACCAAUAAAAUUACAUUAAUUGAGGUAUCAGUAGGUUAAAUGUUUUUGAAUAUUUACAUGAAACUGUAAUUUAAGAUAAUAAUUAGAUUUUAAUAAGAUAAGACUGUCAAACUCUGAUUACCUAUACACUUGAGUAUAAGCCAACCUGAAUAUAAGCCAGCCAAGACCUGCACUCGAGUAUAAGCCGAGGGGAGCCUUUUCAGCCCUUAAAAAGACUGAAAAACUUGGCUUAUACUCAAGUAUAUACGGUAAGCUUCCUUGCAAUUGCCAUCUUUUUUUUAAAAAAAACAGAGAGCAUGUCCAUGCCAUACUGUCAUAAUGUUUAAGUCAUCACAUAUCUUUAACUCCAUAAUAAUGGAGAAUCUAGUGAAUUGAUUCCUAAACUCUGGUCCUCUAAGGGCCCUUCCAUACUGUUCUUUGUCCCAGGAUCUGAUCCCAGAUUAUCUGCUUUGAGCUGGAAUAUAUUAUUCCCACUGCCAUAUAACCUGGGAUAAAGAGAUGUUCUGGUAAUAGAUCCUGGGAUAUAGGGGCAGUGUGGAAGGACCCUAAGUGUGUUGGACUUCCCAGAAGCCUUAGCUGCUUUGGCCACUGAUCAGAGAUUUUGGGAGAUAAAGUUCAAAAACCUGGAUGAUCGAAGUUUGAGAAACACGCAUCUAGCUUAGUCAAUGCUUCAAUGUGAUUUUAGAUCAGGCCUGCACAACCUGGUGUUUUGAUUUCAGCUCCCAGAAUGCCUGGACUCUGGACAAGCUGGCUAUGGCUUCUGGGAGUUGGGAGUCCCAAAUUCGUGGAGGGCCACUGGUUGUACAUACCGGAUUUAGAUAGACAUGUUUUGGCCUUUCGAACAUCAAGCCCAGUUCUUAGGAGAUUAUGGGGAGGUGACUGGGCAUUGUGACAAUAUCUGCUGCCAGCAAUUCCAUGGUGUGAUUGGCAGGGAUGGUUUUAAACUUUCUUAUGAAAGACGAUAAGUAAAGGUUUUCACCAAUCAGAUUGUUUGUGGAUGUGGAAUUAAAUUGUGAAUUGAAACUCUGGCAUAGGCACGAUAAUAUUUUGGAACUUUUGCUACUCAGUUUUUUUUUUGUUUGCUUUAAAAAACCUCACAAAGUUUCUGAGACGGUGGCUACACAAAGCCUGUGGCCUCACUACCACAUUGUAGACAGUGUUAAUCAUUUAUGGAUCCAGUGGGAAGGAUUUGUAUUCAGUAGCGAGGAAUGAAACCUCACUGUGUGCAAUAUUAGUGAUUCUGUACACAAAGAUGCCCUCUUGAGGGCUUGUAAAACUAUUGUUCCCAUGACUGUUUGCUUUUUGAGCUCGGGGCUUUUAAAGCAUAUCUGAAGGCAAUUAGUGACAUUACCCUAUAAUGAUGUUUCCUCAGCCUAUUUAUUAAAAACUAGUUCCUUGAAAGGAUACCAUCAUGGUUUACAGUUCAAAAUGUGUCUACCCAUCAGAGUGUGUUGAAUGGCAGGUUCUCUCACAUUGUGAUGAGGUUUAAUGGAAGGUCUAAAAAACCAUUUCUUAUGUAUAACCCCUUAUUCCUUUCUUUUGUUACUCAUUAUUUUUUCCAUUGCAUGGGAUUGAAAUCGACUCAGAAUACUUCUGAAAUGCCCUUUAAAAUUAGAUAGAACAUAAUGAGAAAAUUUUACUAUUUCCCACUGCUAGAAAGAGCUGCCAUUUCUAUUGGUUGCAUUAUUUUUCCAGGUACGUUUGUUGCACAGUAAUAACUUGUUACAAGUAAUGACAUUUGUAAUUUGUUGCUUCCAAGCUCUGGUGAUGCCUUAAUAGUCAUGUGCCUGCACAGGUGUGCAUUUGUGUCUAACUUCAAAUGCUUCCAAGUCCCGCUUGCCAAUGUGACUUUUGAGAAAGAACGUAAAUCUGACGAAACAGGCCCCAUACAAGACAUUUCUCUGCUUGAAGGAAAGAAAUGAAGGUCUUACUGUCUUUCUAUGUACUUGAAUGACUGUCAGAUUUUUUUUAGUACUGGCCAAGGGGCAGCCUCUUUCAUCAAACAGAAGGCAGACUGUGUGGCACAUUGCUUUCUUUUCUUAAAGCUUUGCUGCCACCUCCCAGAUUCUGCUGCCUGAAGCCACUGCCUUGCUUUGCAUUCUGGAGGACUUGCCCUCCUGAAGAACAGAUGCAGCUUCCUGAAGUACAUUCCACAAAGCAAAAUGAAGGAUUGAAGGAUAAAGACUGUGCUUGUGUCACUGGUAAAUAGGACAAAAGUUCAGUCUGGUUAAUGCCUAGAUACAUGAAAAUAUUUGCCUUUAUUUGCUGUAAUUAAACAGCUAAUACAUGAUAAUGAUGACUGAUGAUGAACUAUUUGCUCAAGAGCAUUUCUGACCUGGGAAGGGCUUAACUUUUCUCUCUUGCAGAAAGGGCAAGUAUUUUAACUGUUCUCCUGGUUGUGUUACUAUACCCUCCUUUAUAUCUUCCUAUUUUAAUAAAAUAUAUUGAUUUCUAUUUAAUAAAUAGACUCCAGUUCUGACAGUGAGGCUGGUUCUUAUUGCCUUUGGGCUGCUCUGUUCGUUUUAAAAACUGCAUGUAUUCCAAAUGUAAAAUAAACAAAGCACAUUUCCAAAGCAGAA